AGCAGGGGCGGGGCUCCGAGGCCGGGCCGCUGCUUCGGACUCUUGGCCAACCUCUACCGGUCCGACCCCGCUGCCCUCCUGAUGCUGCUCGUGGACUCCGACCGGCCAGAGCCGGUGCGCAGCGGGGCGCGCGAGCUUGCGCUCUUCCUGACGCCCGAGCCGGGGGCCGAGGCAAAGGAGGUAGAAGAGACCAUUGAGGAGAUGCUCCUCAGACUGGAAGAGUUUUGCAGCUUGACUGACAUGAUCCGGAGUGACACUUCGCAGAUCUUGGAUGAAAACAUUCCACUCCUUAAGACCAAAGUGAUGCAGAUAAGUAGCAUCUACACCAAAGUGGAUCAGCUAGAGGCCUUCGUCAAGAUGGUCGGACACCACGUCUCCUUCCUGGAAGCCCAUGUGCUUCAGGCUGAGCGGGACCACGGGACCUUCCCGCAGGCGCUGCGUAGGUGGCUGGGCUCCACCAGGCUGCCUGCUUUCAGGAACAAACGAUCCCCACCGGUGCCCCCACCGUACGAGCUGCCCGUGUUGUACAGGACAGAGGAAUACUUUCCUGUGGGUGACAGGGAGGCAAAGCUUCAUGCCCCUUAG